CCGUAAUCACUUGGGAAAAGCUGUACAUGGCGCCUUGUAUUUGGAUGAUCUCUCGUCACUGACAAUGGAGAAUCACGAAUCUGAAUCUGAAUCCAAGAGAUCGCCGCCUUCUGAGGCUCCCGAUCGAGAACCAGAGCCCAAAAAGCCCAAAAUGUCCACCACCACCACCGACGACGAAACAGAUGUGCCGGCGCCGGCGUUGGAUGCCGAAGGCGGAAAUGCGGCGGAGCCGAGGAAGCCCAAGUACAAACGCCGGAAAAUCGCUAUAUUCUUCGCGUAUUGCGGUGUUGGGUAUCAGGGCAUGCAGAAGAAUCCUGGCGCGAAAACCAUCGAAGGCGAGCUUGAGGAGGCGCUUUUCCACGCCGGUGGAGUGCCCGAGCUCGAAAGGGGCAAGCCAAGGCAGUACGACUGGGCUCGAUCGGCUCGGACCGACAAGGGCGUGAGUGCGGUCGGACAGGUCGUGUCGGGUCGGUUCUUCAUCGACCCAUCAGGAUUCGUGGAUCGACUCAAUUCGAUUCUCCCUGGUCAGAUUCGGAUAUUUGGGUACAAGCGUGUGACUCCGUCGUUUAACGCCAAGAAGUUCUGCGAUCGGAGGAGGUAUGUGUAUCUGAUUCCGGUUUUUGCACUUGAUCCAUUCUCGCAUCGUGACAGAGAGGCUGUGAUGGCUAGCUUGGGUUCCGGACAGGAAUUUGUCAAGUGUUUAGAGUGUUCGGAGAGAGGUCGUAAGGUUGUUGGUGUUAUGGGGAAAGGUAGUAGUAAUGGUUUUGAAGCGAAAUCAUCGAAAGUUCAGUCAGACGAUUCAUCGAACACUUCAUCUGCAGAUAAAACUGAUGUCAAGCAUGAAACUUUAGUUUCUGACAUACCUAAUGGAGACAUCAAUCUGAAUUCUGAGAUGUUGGGUAGUACUGAUGUCUCUGCUGGGAGCAAGGGCGAAGAAAAAUCGGAUUUGGGGUCUAAAGUUGAAGCAAAAUCGGUGGAAGUUGAGGAAGAGAGGGAUUCUGUUUUGGGUUCGGGUUCGGGUUCAGGAUCAAAAGUUGAGGAAAGAGAACCAAGACCCGAUAUUGAUACGAUACAAGACGAGGGUUCGCUGAAAGAAUCGGGUACUUCGGUCGAUGAAGAGAAGAUUGGCAUGCUGAAUAACAAGUUUUCUUAUGGCGAGAAGGAAAAGGAAAGGUUCAACAGGAUACUAAAUUAUUACAUCGGAUCACAUAACUUCCACAAUUUCACUACGAGAACGAAAGCUGAAGACCCGGCUGCUCAUCGAUUCAUUGUGUCAUUCAAUGCGAACACCAUUGUUAAUGUGGAUGGCAUCGACUUUGUGAAGUGCGAAGUCGUGGGUCAGAGCUUUAUGCUUCAUCAGAUCCGGAAGAUGAUCGGGCUUGCUGUUUCGAUCAUGAGGAACUGUGCUCCUGAGUCACUGAUCCAGACUGCUUUCCGGAAGGAUGUGAAUAUCAACGUACCAAUGGCACCCGAAGUUGGGCUAUACCUCGACGAAUGCUUCUUCACGUCUUAUAGCAACAAAUGGAAAGACAGUCACGAGGAGGUUUCCAUGAAAGCGUACGCGGAAGAAGCCGAGGAGUUCAAAAUGAAGUACAUUUACACUCAUAUCGCCUCGGCUGAACGCAAGGACGGGGCCGUGGCUCUCUGGCUGCAUUCGUUGAACUAUAGGAACUAUCCCGACCUACGCUCGGAACAAGCCAGUGCCUCUAAGAACGGCAAUGCUGAAACCUCUGGUGAAAUGACUUCAGGUGAGAAAGUUCUUGAGAUUCAGAACUGAGUUUUAUUAUGUGUUCUUGAGGAGUUUUCGUAUACCAACAACAGUAGUUGCAGCCAUAUUAUGUAAUUUUGAUGUUGUCUCCUUUUUUUUUUAAAUCAUCAACAGCUUCAUUGCUCAUUGCCUUUGUCUCGUGUUUCCCAUUGUAAUGCUUAUUGGGUCUUAAUUUGGCCCAUUAAAUCUUAUUGGGUCUUAUUCUUAACGUGGCCCAUUUUUAA